AUGGGGGUAUCACUGACCAGGGCAGCCCAGUGGAGCCCAGCCAGCUCUGGUACUGGCAAACUGGAGUUCACAUCAAUGAAUGAGUCCUUGUUGAGAGAAAUCCUGCGCUUUGUGGAACAGUUCAGCUCCCGACACCCACAGGAGGCAGAGCAUGUGUUUGAGGAGCCGCUCCGAUGGAGUACCACUUUAGUGGCAUCUGAUUUCAAAACAGGCUAUGACAUCAGUGAGUCAGAUUUACAGUCCCAUGAGAAAGACAGUCAAGGGCAUCCAUUGUUGCAGUUCACCUCUCCUGUUGUUUAUGUACGCAACUUCAGCCAGAUCGCUAAACUGCUUCAUCUGGUAGAGGAUAAGAAGCUGGAAGAGGUCCGAGCAUGUCUAGAAGAAAAUAGAGACCCCGUAGCGAAGAUUCUUGGUCCCAGCUUUUCCAGCAUUUUGGAGAAAGAGGACGCCAACACUGAUGGACUAAGUGUGGUAGACAAAGCAAAAGAGGAAGGUAAUGGCAAGGACUCAGAGGUCAAGGUACAACUGCUCCUGUUGCUGCAAAAUCUGGAUAACCACAUCAUCACCAAGUGCCUCAAAAUGAUAUCUGAACAAGUCAGCCUGGACCCCACCGCAGUGAAGAAUGAAGUGGAGCUGUUGAGACGUUUCUGCAGUGUAAGAGAAAAGAGAGCGUUGAAGUCGGUUCGAUACGCAUCAGAAUAUGAAUUUUCGAAUGGCUGCCGUGCCCUCCCGUGGAGACAGGUGCUUGGGGAGAUUUGUUACCUUGUGAUCGAGCCUUGUGACGCUGAGACUCUCUACAUCACCUACAGCACUGCUGGAGUUUUUCUUAAUGGGCGCAUAAAACAGGAGGGGGAGGAGGGUGGCUACGAGCGAACAAGUGAUAUCUACAAAGACCUGGUUACUCUUCUGAAUAAUCGAUCUCCACAUUUUGCUGAACACAUAAACAAGCAGGAUUUUGCAGCUCAAGAACUUCCAUCAACACAAAAGAUCCAGCAUGUGGAAUCGGUUGAUGUGGAGGAACAAGGCCAACCCCAGAGGUCUUACGAGCAACAGGAAAAGAAUGUGCAUGAGAAGUGGAGACAACACGCGCCGUACAAGGCAGGCGGCAAGAAGAAAUAUGAACCAUGUCCGAGGUGGAGGAAUCUUGGUCUGAUUUCUCCAUGUGGUAAAGCAGAGGAAAAGAAAACCAGUAAGAGCUCUGGAGAGGAGAAGUCUGGUGAAAUGCAGAAGAAAAAGUCGGCACUCGGAGCCAAGAGCAAGAUGAAAGCAGAGUUGUCGGUGUCCUCUUUACCUGUCCUACGCCUGUCCUCCCACAAGAAAAUUAAGACCCCAGCAGGAGCCAUGCAAGUUGAUGCCUUCAGUGAGAGUUCAUCUGAGAGUGAGGAGGAGGAGGAGCAGCCCGAGCGCCGUCCAGAGAGCAACACCGAUCUGCCGUCUGAAUACUGGCAGAUCCAGAAACUGGUCAAGUACCUCAAGGGAGGCGACCAGACCGCCACUGUGCUCACUCUGGUCCACAUGAUGGACUUAAAUUUGAUGCAGGAGACGUGCCAACUGGCCAUCCGGGAUGUAGGUGGCCUUGAAGUCCUCCUUAACUUGCUGGAUACAAAUGAAGUCAGAUGCAAAAUUGGAUCAUUGAAAAUCCUGAGAAAAAUAAGUCACAACGUGCAAAUUCGUCGGGCCAUCGUUGACAUGAGAGGCCUGCAGAGCAUUGUGAAGAUCCUGGACUCUCCUGUCAAGGACCUCAAGGCGUUAGCAGCCGAGACCAUCGCUUAUGUUUCAAGAUUUCGCAGAGCAAGGAGAACUGUCAGGCAAUAUGGCGGCAUCCAAAAACUGGUAAAGCUGUUGGACUGUGUCCCAGAUUUAGCCAACCUGACUGCACACCAGCAGAAAGAUGUAGAGGUAGCUCGCUGUGGGGCUCUGGCUCUGUGGAGCUGCAGCAAAAGCACAAAGAACAAGGUAGCCAUCAGUAAGGCCGAUGGGAUCCCUCUGCUGGGACGCCUGCUCAAGUCUCCACAUGAGAACAUGCUUAUUCCUGUGGUUGGCACCCUGCAGGAGUGUGCCUCAGAGGAAAGCUACAGGACUUCCAUUCAGUCUCUUGGCAUGAUCAAGGAUUUGGUCAAGAACCUGAGCAGUGACAACGAUGAGCUUCAAAUGCAUUGUGCCAGUGCAAUCUUCAAGUGUGCAGAGGACAAACAAACUCGUGACCUCGUGCGUAGGUAUAAAGGUCUGCAACCGCUGGUUUCUCUGCUGAGCAAGUCAGACAACAAGCAGCUCCUGGCUGCUGCGACGGGGGCCAUCUGGAAGUGUUCCAUCAGUGUGGAGAAUGUGGCUAAGUUUCAGGAGUACAAAGCCCUGGAGACCCUUGUUCACCUGCUGACCGAUCAACCUGAAGAAGUCCUGGUGAAUGUGGUGGGAGCAGUGGGAGAGUUUUCCCAGAUUCCUGCCAACAAGGCCAUCAUCCGCAAGUGUGGAGGCAUUAAGUCCUUAGUGAACCUGCUCACUGGAACCAACCAGGCACUGCUUGUGAACGUAACCAGGGCAGUGGGUGCUUGUGCCACAGAUAUGGACAACAUGGCAAUCAUUGACCAGCUCGAUGGAGUCCGCCUGGUGUGGUCCUUACUGAAAAACCCCAGAGCAGAUGUUCAGUCCAGUGCAGCGUGGGCCCUUUGUCCAUGCAUUGAGAAUGCAAAGGAUGCAGGAGAAAUGGUGCGCUCCCUCGUUGGUGGAUUGGAACUGAUUGUUAAUUUGCUGAAGUCAACAAACACUGAAGUGCUGGCGAGCAUCUGUGCUGCCAUUGCCAAAAUAGCCAGAGACAAGGAGAAUCUGGCAGUCCUUACUGAUCAUGGGGUUGUCCCAUUGCUGGCCAAGUUGACUGACACAACUGAUGACAAGCUGCGUCGCCACCUGGCUGAGGCCAUCGGCCACUGUUGCAUGUGGGGCAGCAACAGGACAUCUUUCGGUGAUGCCGGAGCUGUGGCCCCCCUCGUGCAAUACCUGAGUUCAAAAGACACAGCGGUCCACCAGAGCACAGUGAUGGCCCUGUACCAGCUGUCAAAGGACCCCAACAAUUGCAUCAGCAUGCACCGGAGCGGAGUGGUCAAGCCGCUCAUCCACAUCAUGGGCUCUGACGAUGAGACGCUCCAGGAAGCUGCGGCUGGCUGCGUGCUCAACAUCCGACUGCUGGCCCAGGCUAACAGAGAGGCAAAGUUAUAUUAUUGACAAUGAAUAAUCACAGCAAGUUCACUUUAAUCACAUGGCUCGAUGCUAGUGGGAGGCACAAAAUGCUGUUAUCAUGUCUUACUACUGUGCUCAAGGUUUACAAAUCCAUGUACAGAAUCUGUUAAAUCAUGAUCAUUUCAUUGUCAGGCGAUUCGUAAAGAACUCAAAUUCUCCUCAUGCUCAUCUUUCAUGUUGUCAGUCUGUGAAAUCUGUAGAGUAGCUUUGCACAACUUUAAAAAAAAACCUUGUUCCGCCUCUGCCUGAAAUGGUUAAUUACAGCUAAUGUCUCUUUAAGGACCCCCUCCACACGUGUCCAUUUUCUUUCUUUCUCAUUAUUUGUAUUGCGCCAAUCUCUAGACCCUUUACAAAAGAGCAUAUGGGAUAAUAUGCAGGAAGGAUUUAUCCUUUGUGUUCAAGUCUUUGUGUUCCUCACGUUCCUGUUGUCCACACCUCCUUGCUGCGAUCCCUCAUGAUUUGAAAAGCCCUUACUCAUUGCUAUAUUACAAAGACCCAGCAUUAAUCCAUCAUGAGUGUAGCACUUAGCAACAUUUAGCAAAAGUUACAGUGGCAUGAAAAAACUUCCUGGGAUCGCAGGAGAUGGGAUAAGUAUGUAUGUUAGUAUGAGCAUCCAGCAUUGUAACCCUAGCCCUAACCCAUGUGCAUUUUAAAAAGGGAAUCAGCACAACAGGUCAACUUUAAAAGAUCAUUUUUGUGAAAAUCACGAGGGAUCGUUGGCCAUUUUAUAGUUAAAUCAAUAACAAUGUUAUUAUCAUUAGCUACUCUGAGACAAGUGGGGGUCAUUUCUGUCUUAUAUUAGCUAGCUAACAGUAGUCAAUAAAUACAUUUUUUAAUUGUUUGGCGCCAAUCAAAACAAGAGUUAUCUCAAGAUAUUUCACAAUAAUGUAAUAAUAACCAUUCUGGACAUUCAUUUGAUGUGACACACUGUCAAACUGUGGUUUAAUGAUUAUGUUAGCUAGCUUACAGCAGCUAGAAAGUUAUCAGUGAUGUUGUUUUUUACUUCAUAUAUCUUGAUCUUUUCUAUCAUCCAGUAUUACCUAGUGUGUCUUUAAUUUUUGAUCAAAUGAGAAGAGGUGACAGCAAUUUGUCACAAUGUUUGGAUGAUUGCGAACAUGAAACCCGGCAGCACAGCAUUAUAACAGCACUUUAGCCUCCCACCCUAAGCAUGAGGUUAGAGGAAGUAUUUACCAUGUGAAGUGUGAAGAGAUUUAUGUUUGUCUUUUAUAACUAGCACAAUAAAU